AUGGCCUCAGAAGACUUCGUGGUAGACGAUGCCCUUGUCGGCAAGGUGACGACGUACGUUGAGAAGUACAUGUCCAACUACGACGCCUCACACGACUUCAACCACAUCCAGCGUGUCCUCCGUCUCUCCCUCCACAUUCAGUCGGUCACUCCCGAGGCUGACCGCUCUCUCGUCACCCUCGCGGCCCUACUCCACGAUGUCGGUGACAAGAAGUACCUACGUCCCGGUGAGGACGCUUCACGCCUGAUAUCAACCCUCCUUGUCUCAUUCGGUGCUCCGGCCGCCCUCGCCGACACCGUCCAGGCCAUCUGCCUCGGGGUCAGCUACUCCUCCGAAGUCAAGGACCCGGCGCGCACCCGGGCUCUUGUGGAGAAGUACCCGGAGCUAGCGGUGGUGCAGGACGCUGACAGGCUUGAUGCCAUCGGCGCCGUGGGCAUUGCGCGGACGUUUGCCUUUGGAGGUGCCAAGGGCCGCACACUGGAGAAUACCAUGGACCACUUUGACGAGAAGCUGCUCCUUCUCGAGGGCAUGAUGAAGACGGACGAGGGUCGGAGGAUGGCCAGGGAAAGGACCGAGAGACUACGGCUCUUGAAGGAGUGGUGGGAGGAGGAGACCGGACCGGUGGGGGCGUAA